AUGCCUACUCCAGCAGCGGAACAGUUGAAAGCCAAAUUAUCGAGUGGUGCCGCAGCUGAGAUGAAAGCUACCAACCCAGCUUUCAUCCCACCUACCCAACCUUUAACACCAGGUAAUCAGCUCCCCACAUCUGUUCCACUCCCCGUUUUACCCGCCGUAGAAUCAGCCAAGAGAUUGGCAGCUUUCGCAGCUGUAGAUAGACAUAUCGGCUUACAACAUAAGGUGAUUGGUAUAGGAUCAGGAUCAACUGUCCCAUAUGUAGUAGAUCGAAUAGUUGCUCAAGGAUAUCAAGCCAACAAAGAUAGAGUCUUCUUACCUACUGGUUUCCAAUCAAAGGAAUUGAUCAUCAAAGCUGGACUUACGUUGGGGGACGUAGAUCAAUAUGCUAGGAUUGACGUGACUAUUGAUGGAGCUGAUGAAGUCGACAACGACCUCAACUCCAUCAAGGGCGGUGGAGCCUGUCAACUCCGUGAGAAAGUAUUGGCAGAAGCAGCGGAUACUUGGGUGAUCGUUGCGGAUUAUAGGAAAAAUUCACAUAUCUUAGGUACGACAUGGACUCAAGGUAUACCAAUAGAAGUGGCACCUUUCGCCUACGCCAAAGUCCUCACCAACCUCUCUCAUAUGGGUUCACCCCACAAAUUACCAAAUGGUAAACCCGGAUUGAGUCUGAGAAUGGGAAAGAUGAAAGCCGGUCCGGUAGUAUCGGAUAAUGGUAAUUUCAUUAUCGAUGCUCCUUUCCCAGAGGAAAUGAUGAAAGAUCCUCUUGAUUUAUUGCACCGAAUAAAAAUGUUAACUGGAGUGGUGGAAGUGGGUUUGUUCUGUAAUAUGGCUAAAGCUGCUUACUUUGGUAACGAGGACGGCACGGUGUUGAUUCGAUCAAAUGACGGUUCAGUCGACAAGAUCAGUUCGGUACCCAAUACACCGGAAUUGAAAGCUCAAUCUGAUGGUGCUGCUAUCCCUUGA